UGUCCUCUUCUCCCCUUGAAAUUCUCACUCUUUCGAACUUGCCUAAGUUGAGGGGAUGGUGGAGGAUGAGGGAAAAAGUAUCAGUAACAGCAGAGCCUGAGCCACAUCAUCAUCUUCCAUUAUUCCCAUCAUUUCCUUGCCUUUCUUCUUUAUGUAUUAGUGAUUGCCCUAUGAUGUCUCUAAUACCAGUCAUAUCACCCUCUGCUUCCUCUCCAUUUUCCGAUCUUUCCAAAUUGAAGUCUCUUUUUCUUAUGGGAUUAGAGGAACUUGAAUAUCUUCCAGAAGAGUGGCUGCAAAACCUCACUUCUCUUGUGACUCUGAAGAUUUUGUGGUGUCGUAAAUUGCGAAUAUCCAUAUCUCCACUCUUUCAAUAUCUCAUCACACUUGAAGAUUUGUGUAUUGCUGGCUGCGAGGAACUUUUCAACAAUGUGAAUGAAGAUGGCACACAUUGCCUUGGACCUACAAGACUUGGUCAUCUAUCUAUAGUACAAGUUCCAAACUUGGUUUCUCUCCCAAGAGAGCUUAGAGAUGUUACCACUCUGCAAGGGCUUCAAAUUAUGGACUGCCCUAGUUUGGUGUCUUUGCCAGAAUGGAUUGGCAACCUCACUUCACUUCAGGAGCUUGGAAUCAUCAAUUGUCCCAAUUUAAUAUCAUUGCCUGAAGGGGUGCGCCGCCUCACUUCUUUACGUCGUUUGAGGAUUGCAAAAUGUCCUCACUUGGAAGAAAGAUGUCAACAAGGAAUAGGAGAGGAUUGGCCAAAGAUUGCUCAUGUCCCAAACUUUCGAAAUGGCGACGAUAUUGGUAAUCGUAUGGAAUGGAUGCAAAGCCAAACUCACCAAAUUGCUCAGAUCAGAAGGUUUUAUGUAUAGACGCUUCUUCAGACCUUGCCAACAAUCAAAUUUGUGCUAAGCUCUAAGAUUUUUGGUUAAUGUAGGGGGGAUCUUGUCACUGAUUCCUAUCUUGUCACUGAAGUGGAUGUGAGAAUCAUUGGGGGAUUUCUACAAUAUUCUCGGGUAUGUCAGCCUCACUUGUACACAAAACAGUGGAAACUAUACAGAGCACUUUCAUGAUGAGGAAGAUCGGGUUUCUUCCACUUGCUUGAAAGCAUUUUAAUCCCUAAAGACCGUGAGAAUACUUCAAGUGAAAUCGGUUGUUGUGCUCCAAGGUUACUGAAUUGAAGAUCAUGUUAGCCAACCACUCUGUUUAUUGCAGUUCUUUUGUUAAUGCUGCCUUUGCAUAUAUUCUUUGCAAUUUAUAUUCAUGGUUCUGUUAUAUCUAA